AUGGACAAAAAUCAUAAUGCCAAAUAGAAGUGCAGAGAAGAAGGAUAGAAAGAGCUGGGACAGAGAGCUGUGAGAGGAAUGAGGCAGUCUGCUUUAUUCAAUAUCGGCUUUUUGUGCGCUGUUUUUUUAUUAGAAACUAGUAACAGGAGGAGAAACAUGGAAACAUCUCAGUGAGAGAUGUUCUCUACAGUGAAGGAGCUUUUACAGUGAGAGCGUGAUGUUAUGGACUGUACAUUAUGUUAGCUCACUGGCUAGCUAGAUGCUGCUGCCACUCUGAAGAAGUGAGACAGCGAUUUCUAUGGAUACACGUCUUUUAAUGUGGGAUUAUAGGAAGCUGCCAAACACAGGUUCGUCUUUGAAGAGGUUCAACCAUCCUACAGACUGUCAUGGAUAACGUGAAGACACACAGCAAUGAUGAGGAUGAAGAGCUGCACUCCACAGACCCAGAGAGUAAAGAGAACAGCAAAGAUAAAAAGACCCUGUGCAAAGUGAAGUGGUCUCGAGAUGAGGAUGAAAAGCUGAAAAAACUUGUCGAGCAGCAUGGCACAGACUCCUGGAAAUUAAUUGCUAACUUCUUUCCGGGGAGGACAGAUGGCCAGUGUCAGCACCGCUGGCAGAAGGUGCUCAACCCCGAGCUGGUGAAAGGACCAUGGACAAAAGCGGAGGAUCAGAAGGUUAUUGACCUGGUACAUAAGUACGGUCCCAAGCGAUGGUCUGUGAUCGCCAAACACCUCCAGGGCAGAAUUGGGAAGCAGUGCCGUGAGCGCUGGCACAACCACCUCAAUCCAGAGGUGAAGAAGUCUUCAUGGACUCAGGAGGAGGACAGAAUCAUCUAUGAUGCCCACAAACGUCUGGGCAACCGCUGGGCCGAGAUCUCCAAGCUCCUUCCUGGACGGACAGACAACUCUAUCAAGAACCACUGGAACUCCACCAUGAGGAGGAAGGUGGAGCAUGAGGGGUACCUGCAAGAUGGCAGCAAAAGUUUCUCUUCUCCACAUGCUGGAGUGAAGCGACGCCACCACAGGCCGUGUCCUCCAACGCCAACUGAACCUCAGCACUGCGAGCGCAGCCCUCUGCCGGUUCCCGUACCGAACCAGAUGGGGGGAUAUCCGUACGACCCUCACAGCGGACACUUGAUGGACAGUCUCUCUGAUAGUUCAGGCUUCAUUCAGCCAUCUUGCCUGGAUGAUCCUGACAGAGAGCAAAGAAUAAAGGAGCUUGAACUGCUGCUUAUGUCAGCAGAGAGCGAAGUCCAACGACAAGUGCAGUGCAGAGGUCCAUGUAGUCUGGAGCAGUACUCAGCCUGGUCUGAUGGCGUCCCAGACGACACUCUGACCACGAGUAACAGCAGCCUGGAGGAGCAAGAAGAAAGAAGGUCCUGGAGGGGCCCUCCACCUCAGCUCCCGGUGUCCCCUAGCAAGUUUCUGGCUGUAGAGGCCAGCACUGUGCUCUCCACCCUGCAGACCAUCCCUGAGUUUGCAGAGACCAUGGAGCUCAUUGACUCAGAUCCUGUUGCAUGGAGCGACGUGGCCGGCUUAGAUUUGUCAGAGACUGCAACGCCGCCCAGGCACAACCAGGCGGGUUACAACUCUCUCCUGCAAGAGAGGACAAUUGAGAGCUCAGUCGUCUACACUCCGGGUGCUUUCUCUGAUCGAGACAAGAACUGUGCUCCAUUUACUCUGGGCAAUAUCGCCGCCUUGACUCCGAUCAACUCCAAACCCAGCCAGACAUCCAUCGGGAGGAGGAGGAGAAGAGAGAAGGGGGAGCCGUCUCCUCUGUGCGACAGGACCUGCACUUCCUUCUUGGAAAAUAUCUCAAAUUCUCCCAAGAAAACGCCCACAAAAUCCCUGCCAUUCACUCCUUCACGAUUCUGCAACAUAUCAGGAGCAGAGCAUCUAAAUCUGGACAACCCUGCCCUCACCUCCACUCCUGUGUGUGGACAACGCUGCCUCCUCAACACACCGCUGCAAAAAGAAACCACGCCUAAGCACCAGAAAGAGAAUGAUGGCCCACGGACGCCUAAAUUCCGAAAAACCAUCAUGAUCCCGACCCCAAGGACUCCAACGCCUUUUAAAAAUGCUCUGGCUGCCGUGGAGAAAAUGCACGGGCCACUGAAGAUGGAGCCACAGCCUUUGGCAUUUCUUGAAGAAGACAUUCGAGAAGUUCUUAAGCAGGAGACCGGAGCGGACAUCUUUAACAGAGCGGACGCCCUGCCAGACUUCAGAGCGUGGAAACAUAAUAUCGACGGCCCGGCCAGAAAGGUGCGUAAAUCCCUUGUGCUGGACCCGUGGGGAAAAGACUGCCUGAACGUCCAACUCUUUCAAGAGCAGCUCAACGAUGCACAAGUGCCGGAUGAAAGUCUACUGACGAGCUCCUCCCUGCUCAGCCUAAUCCCUGAGCAGGAGGAGUGCAGCCGAUCUUUGACAUCUGUACGAGAGGAGUCCUCAUUGGUCCCAGUUCAUCCUCAUCGCUUUACAAGCCCCCGGAUGAAGAAGCUUCUCGCCUCCCACAAAGCACCAAAACACACCAACGUACAGGUGAGUGAGUGGGAAGCGGUGGUUUAUGGGAAGACAGAGGACCAGCUGAUCAUGACAGAACAGGCCCGUCAGUACCUGAACCCGUACCCGUCGUCCGGCUCUACCUCAAGGGCCCUUGUGCUGUAAAGCCGUCCCCCUCGCUGAGCAGGCAAACACUACUACACCCCGUCCGACAACAGACACUUCCACUGACUCCUGAAAGAGACAAUUCAGUGAAGAGUUUUUCCUUUGAAGCAGAAACGGACUGCCAAGACUCUCCACAGAGAGACACAGCUGCUGGUAUUAUCGCCAUCACAUUUCUCCAUCACUGCCCUUGUAGUUUCUGUUCUGCGGUUCGGCUUGUUUUCUGCUUAAAAAACAAACCUGGCAACAUAAAAGGCCGGGUUUGUUUCCUGCUCUAGAUAGUAAUAUUGAUCAACCUACACAUACAGUAGGCUGUAAAAAGUGUUAAUACUAGCAGCGGCUGCUUCUGAUUUAAAUAUUGAUAAUAUAUUCUUCACAAAACGAGAAACAUGUACAACAUAACACUACUCACUAAUCAAUAGUUUGGAUUAAUCCACAUGGAUGUAUUUUUAAUCACACUAUGGAAAAUACAAUAAGAAUACAGUGACAGCCAUUCAUUUACAAGAUGACAGAAAAAGUUUGGUUCAGUGUUUUUGGCGACAGCAGGGUCACGUCUUCGUCGAUGAUGUGAAGUUUUCGUGGAUGUAGAUAAGAAGCUGUCAGUACUGCACUACUGAGCUGACUUUGCUGCUGAGAGAAGGAGAAGCGUAUCGAAGGGCAAACUGGAUAGCACUUGUGACAGUAUCUUUUCUAACACAGCGUUUCCUUUCCAAGGCCAUAGUGUCCCUCGUGACAUGGGUUGAAUGUAUUUCAUUGCAAUGUACAUGUGUAAGAACCUCAAAAAUGGAAGGGUACCUUAAUGUUUAUUUCUGUUUAUUUAUUAUCUGACAGCUCUAAAGCUUAGAUUUUAAUAUAAAUCGGACACCAUGAGUUUUUUUACGAAGUUUAACUUUGCUGACAAAACAGCCUAAAACCCCUCACUGCGAGCUCUACAGCAGAUCUCUGAUAGAGGAUGAUGAUUGGUCACCGUGGCUCUGGUCAGCGUAUUUACACUUCCUGACCGGGUUUCAUAUCAUCAAUGUUCUACAAAAAGCGUUUGGUCAAAGAGGACUGAGUUUUUACGUGAAGACUGUAGGUUUUAUUUAUUUAAUGUCUACUAAUUUAUUUAUUUCUAAACAAAAUAAUCAUUUAAGAGAAAUUAUUGAAGAAAUUUAUUGUCUUUUCUCUUUCAAAAUCAGGAUUGGGCUCAGUUCCAUUACUCCAAGUUAGAAGAACAUGCACUGCCAAUAAUUUCAUGAUGAUUUUUCUCCUGAUCAGAGCAGAUCUAUAAUCAUUGUGAAGUUGUAUCUAUCAUCUUGUAACAUAUAGAUAGCCCUUUGUUUCCUUUAACUCUGUGUUCUUUGCCAGUAGGUAGCAGGACUCCGUCUCCGACCUCUAAUCAUAGACAAAUUGCACUUUGACUUUUCAUUUAAUUUUACAUGUUUGUUCGUUCCGGUGAUGUAGCUCUUGUCUUCAUUUUUUUUUUGUGUGUGUGUGUUAGACUGUCUUCCUGUUUUUUUAUUUAAUGCUGACAGUAAGAUCCUGCUGCUUUGUUAUCUUGUUUUUUUUCCUGUUGUGCUGCAGAAAUGUGUGCUUUAAAGCUCUUUUAGAUGGAUGGCUGUUUUUCUAAAUAACAGCAAACAGGGUUUCAGUUUGAUCCUGCAGCCACCUGUGUUUCAAAGACUGUAUAUCCUGCUUAUCCUGCCCUUGAGCAAGACCCUCAACUUCACCCAUUCAUUAUUUGAACAACAUAUAAUCUAAAUAUGCAAAAUAUUCUCUGAAAAAGUGUUCUGCGUUAACAUGCUAACAUGUUCUGCUUCCAUGAUAAUAAUCUGUUGUCAUUUUUAACCAUCCAAACAUACUGUUCUAUAAUCUGCUGCAGAAACACUGCAGCUAUAAAUGGUCUUUUCUGUAUUAUCGGUGUUCGUAGAUCCAGUAUUAGUUAUAAUCUGGAUUAUCCGCAUUAAGCAUCGGGGGUGAGAAUAAGAAGGGAAUCUUGUCAGGGAGAUUAAGAGGAAAGAUUAGAAGUACAAAACUCUAAAAUGGACUGACGCUCACAGAAGGAGUUUUUAUUUGAAGCUAUCUGUUGAAUCUGUAUAUAAUUGUUUCAUACUGCGUGUUCGUUUGUUCGUACAUUCCAUUUGUGAAGUCGAUUUGUUUGUGUGUUAACAUUUGGCCAUGUAAAGUCAUAGGUUUUGAGGGAAUUGAGAGCAUGAAUAAUAGCAGCUGUUUUAUACUACUGUAGCUAAGCAUGAGCAAUACACAGGAUGCUGGACUUUAACUGAGGAUCACAGAUGCCAUUCACUCUGUAUGUUGUAGCAUUUACAGACAUUAAAUCAUAACCAAGGUACCAUAGAAAUCCUGCCAACUGUCUUUGUAACCGUGUUCUUCUGGAAAUAAUAAAUGCAUCUGUUGCAUGACUGCUACUGCAA